AUGUCCGAAUCCGCUACCCCUGUUGUCACUCCUCCACCUCAAAGACUGUACACUGUAUCAUGUCAUUGUGGAGGUGUAAAGUUCCAAGCUCAGAUGGAGAAGGAGCUUACAAAGGGACAUAGAUGUAACUGUUCAAGUUGUUUCAAGACUAGAAUGUGGGUGCAUCCAGUCAGUGACCUGAGCACAUUCAAGAUGAUGACACCAGAGGAGAACGUCUCCCAAUACGUCUACAACACAAAGAUGUGUGAGCACUACUUCUGCAAGACCUGUGGCACCCAGACACACAUGAUGGGCGACUGUCCAGGAUAUGGCCGCUACAUCCUCGCCAGUAUCAACUGUCUCGAGGAGCUGACCCAAGAGGAGUUCUCCAACAUCAAGUUCCGCUACGCCGAUGGAAUCAACAGUAACUUUAUGGAUGUACCAAAGUAUACCAAUCACCUUUAA